CUGUCCUGGGUGUUGAAUCUGCUGCGGCUGCCGGAGCCGGGGAGCGGCCGCGGGAGCCACAGGGCGGGCGGGCGGCAUGGAGUGAGGGUUGGCGGCGGCGGGCAGGGGAGCGGGGCAUGCGAUGGGCCAGGCAUGAUGGGGACGCUCGGCUCCGUCCUUCCGCUGCUGCUGCUGCUGCUGCUGCUGCCGCCGCCGCCGCCGCUGCCGCAGGUGCUCGCCGCCGCCCCGCGCAUCCAGCCGCCCUCCGCGGGGGCCGCCGCCGAGGCGCGGAUCGGCUGCCUGUUUGAGGAUGACCUUUGCAAGUCUUAUGAAGUCUGUGUUAAUGAUGGAAUAUUUGGGAGAUGUCAGCAAGUGCCAGUAAUAGACAUCUAUAAAUAUGACAUUUCAGGCCCUGUUCUGCAGCACCUGAGGAUUAUCCUGGAGCAGCUCUCACACAGAGGUUUUACCUGGCGAGAUGAUUACACCCAGCAUGUUAUUGGUCAGGAACUCUCAACCAUUCACAAAAUCCACAGCAGACGCCCUGAUGUAUUUGCAUCUGAAGGAUCUGACACAGCAAGGACCUUGGGACAGAAUGAAGAUAAUGAAAGAAAUUACGAUGUGGAAAAUAAUGUGAACUUGGCCAAGUCUCUUCAGCAAUACCUUAAAUAUCUCAGAAUUCUCUCCCAGUCUGCAUCAAAAAAUUUGUAUCCAAGGAAGACAAGUGACAAAGCUUCUGUUAAGAGCUUCAUCUACAAUGACCCUACGAGGUACUACAGGAGGCUGAACCCCAAAGAUCCAUCCCCUGGAUCCAAAUCCCAGCAGGAAUUCCCUGAGGGUGCCCGUGGCAGGACGCUCCGCCAGCGCCAGCCGGACCAGCUCCUGCCGGAGCAGCGAGCGGGCCAGAGGAGCCUGAUGGCCGCGCUGCACUCGUACAUCACCCAGAACCUGUCUGCACACAGCAGCGAGAACAGCCCUCCCAGCAGGACUAAAGGCUCUCAGGUGUAUGCUGAGAGCUUGUACUCCACACAGGGCAGUCCCUUCGAUGGAACUUUGGCCAAAGGGAAAGUGGAAGAUUUCAAGAUGAGGAAGCUGCUCCAGCCGAGGCCUGGGCCUGGAGCGCUGAGGCCGACCCCUGAGGUGCUGAGUCACAAAUCUGCUCCCCAGGAUGAGCCAAAGGACCCUCUGAGCAUCGUGGAUGAGGCACUGAUUAAAAAUGUAUUGAAGGACCUGGAGAAACACCAAGUGAAUGUGGAGAAUCUCAGCUCAACAGAACUGGAUGAAAUCGCCGAUACUAUCGCCACUGCAAUACAAAGUGUUGACAUUCAGCAAGAAACAGAAAAAAAUGCUGGAAAAACUAGAGAAGACAAAACAGAAGCACAAAUGAAGAAAGGAGAUGCUCAAGGAAGGGUAGAGCUUCAGACUGCAUUAAUGGAAAACAGUGUUAAUAUACCAGACAAUGGAGUGCACGAAGCCAGUGUGAGAAGUGAUAAAGAGGAUAACACUGCAAAACUGAUUAGAUUCUUGAAUGAGAAUGCAUUAGCUGAAAAGAUGCAUAAAGACCUUAUUCCUGAAGAACCUGCAAAGACAGAAACUAAGAAAUCUGAAGAAACUGACCCUUCUUCCUCAGAAGAAACAAAUGCUGGUGUGGAAAAUGUAAAAAGUGAGACUUUCUCAAGGGAGCUGACAACUGCAAAGAACAGUGAGUCUGACUCCAAAGACCCAAGCCAGACCAGCUACUGGAUCAAGAAUACUUUAAUGCAGGAAGGAAACUCCAAUGAAAAGCCUCAGAAGAACACAGGACAAGGCUUACAACUUGAAGUGAAAUCUUCUCAGGAGGAAGAAUAUGGCUAUAUUGUGACAGUGAAAGACCCCCUGAGUGUGGAAAAGGGCUUGGAGUUAAUAAAGGAAGUGGCAGAUCUCCUGAAGCUGCAGAUGAGUGUCUUCGAUGAUGUCAACGUGCUGGGACCAGCUGUGACCUUCCGAGUGCGCUCAAACCUCCAAAAUAUUUCAACUGCAGAUGUUGCCAAAGAAGCAGCCAUAAACAAAGAGAGGCUUGAAAAAACAACUGGACUGAAAAUUCUGCAGACUGGUGUGGGGGAGGCCGGCUCCGAUGCGCCCGCUGCUUACCAGGAGCUAUGCCGGCAGCGCAUGGCAGUGAAGAGCUCUGACCGCCCCGAGCCCCUGCACUCCUCCCGAAUCAACAGCGUCUCCUCCCAGUUCAGUGAUGGGCCCAUCCCCAGCCCCUCAGCCCGCAGCAGCACCUCAUCCUGGUGUGAGGAGCCGGUCCAGUCCAACAUGGACAUCUCCACCGGUCACAUGAUCCUGUCCUACAUGGAAGAUCACCUGAAGAACAAGAACCGUCUGGAGAAGGAGUGGGAAGCUCUGUGUGCUUACCAGGCUGAGCCCAACGAGAGCAGCGUGGCACAGCAGGAGGAGAACGUGCCGAAGAACCGCUCCCACACCGUGGUACCAUAUGACCAUUCCAGGAUAUGUCUGAAGGGUGAAAGUAGCCACGACAAUUCAGACUACAUCAACGCCAGUCCCAUUAUGGACCAUGACCCCCGAAACCCUGCAUAUAUUGCCACCCAGGGCCCUCUCCCUGCUACUGUUGCUGACUUCUGGCAGAUGGUCUGGGAGAACGGCUGUGUCGUUAUUGUCAUGCUGACACCCCUCGUGGAAAACGGAGUCAAGCAGUGCUACCACUAUUGGCCGGACGAAGGGUCAAACCUCUACCACAUCUACGAGGUAAAUCUUGUCUCUGAGCACAUCUGGUGCGAGGAUUUCCUCGUGAGGAGCUUCUACCUGAAGAACCUGCAGACCAACGAGACCCGCACAGUGACCCAGUUCCACUUCCUCAGCUGGAACGACCAGAGGGCUCCUGCUUCCACCAGAUCCCUUCUGGAUUUCCGCAGAAAAGUAAACAAGUGCUACAGGGGUCGCUCUUGUCCAGUAGUUGUUCAUUGCAGCGAUGGUGCGGGAAGAAGUGGAACCUACAUUCUAAUUGACAUGGUUCUCAAUAAAAUGGCCAAAGGUGCUAAAGAGAUUGAUAUUGCUGCUACCCUGGAGCACUUGAGGGACCAGAGACCAGGCAUGGUCCAGACAAAGGAGCAGUUUGAGUUUGCUCUGACAGCGGUGGCAGAGGAAGUGAAUGCAAUACUCAAGGCCCUUCCCCAGUGAGCAGCUCGGUCUCCUGAAGGUUCCUGCAGAAUCCAUCCCUCGUUUUCCUCAUCCUCAGUCCCUGUGAAUGUUCUUGGAAACCGUGACCUGACCUUAACUGUGUAUCUUCUGUUGUAACCACAUAGUGAUUGGGUCCCUACAAACUGCUUUAGCUGGUAAAAGUUCAACAGUUAAAAUGUGUAUUCUGUUUUUUUGGGGUUUAAACAAAUUUUUUAAAGUACAUCAAAGCCUCGGAUUAAGUGACAGAACAAUCCAUCUAAUUCCUCCUACAUCCUCGAAGCCCUGAAUGUCACACUUUGAAAGCACACAUUCGUGUUCUUAAUAGAAAAUAUACAAUAUCGUGGGUAAUUAGUGCAGUCAAUAUAGUCUCAGAAAACAGUGUUCUGUUAUAUUUUGUAACUUCUCAAAGGCUGAAUAAGAGUGGGGGCCUAAAGAGGAUGGUGAUUGUUCCCAUACAGAGCCAAGCUGGAGCAUGAAACUGCUGUGGGUGUGAGCAAACACAGGUCCAGGCUCUGGCAAGGAGAGCUUGCACCUUCUCAUGCCAGGCUUUGGCAAGCAAAUGUUUUCUUAACUGUUGUUUACUUUUCAGCUUUGUGCCAUGAGAGGAAGAAAGUCUGAACUUUGAGUAAAAGAGGCUUGCAUGGUUGUUGCAACUGGGGAGAAAACAUGUUGGUCACAUUUAUGGAAAGCCAGGGAUAAUGAGCACAACUCUGGCCAUGUACCUGGCACUGACAGCACAGAAAAGGAGAGCAUAGGCUCCCCUCAAAUGAUGGGAAAGGUCCUGUCAGCAGUCAGGUAAUUGUCUGGAGCUGUUAUGGAAAGAGAUUGUUGGUUUUAUGGGAUUACUGAGGAAGAAAAUGGGAUUCUCCCCUUUAUACCUUUGCAUUUCCCUCUGUAAUGCUCCGCUGUGCCAUCCUUUGUAGCCAGGAAAGUGUAUUUCUGUAAAAGGCUGGCUGAAGAAGAAAUCUCCAAUCUGCAUUUUAUGACUCUCAUCGAGUUUGUCUGAUCCAAGCAUUUGUUGCAGCUCUCUGCAGAGGCUUUGCUCACUCCUUGUUCUGCAGGACACCUAUUUGAACUGAGCACGAAGGGGUAAAGCAGCACAAAGAUUGAAUUUCAGAGAUUCUUGUGUUCUCAAAAGCCUAAUGCCUACUGUUGCAAAGUAAUGCUAAAAUAUGUCUGUAAAUGGUUUGGAUAUGCAAUCUUGCUUCUGUGAUUUCACAGGUUCAGUUGUGGCACUUUUCUAAAGGAAUUUACAUUAUUGAUAGAAAGUACUCUGAUAUGUUUGAAUGAAGGGCCUGAGAGUAAAAUUAUUGAAGGUACCUAAGUGAUCUAGGCUAUUAAUUUCAUUUUCAAAAGUGAAUAUAUGGAUGCUUUUUCAUCUGCUAUCCUACAUCUCCAUGAUGUAAGAAUCUGGGGUGCUUUUUUCCCAAAAUCUUAUGAGUAUUGUGUGCUUGAAACCAUAUUAGGCUAAUUGUUUAACUUCAACACUGGAAAAUAUAUCAUUGAAUUUAAUUUGGGAAGGGGAGCUUUCAUAAACUUCUAAUCAGUGCAAUGUUAAAAAUAACAGUAUCAUACAGUUUUGCUGGCACAGAGGUGAUGAGCAUCAAUCAAAAUCAACCACGUUGCAAUUUUGUGUUGUAGGUGUGGAUAUUGGUGAUUUCUUCUUUUUAGCAAUUAAAGAGGUCCUUAAAAAAAAAUAGCAGAAGGCUUGUUACUUUUUGCCAUACAUUUUUGUAUGCUUUACUUGAUAUAUGCUGUUGCCAAAUUUGUGCAUCCCAUUACUACAGCAGUGCAGAGCAGUUACUGCAGAUGCCAUCAUCCUCUUAAGUACACAUACUGUACAUUAAGCCACAUGUUUAUUUUAUGGCCUAAGCAUUUUAGAGCUUUCCUAGCAAUAACUAAAAAAACUAAUGGAGUAUAAAUGAGAAAAUUGCCUUUUUCAUUUGAUAAUUUAGGUUCACUGGGAUUCUUUUAUUACUUUAGCUAACACAAAAUUUCAGAUCAGGGCAGAUGAGAUCAGUUUGAGCUGUAUCAGCAAGUGUUUGAAGUAGAUUUACUGUGAGCCACGUACUGCAGCUUUCUGAAAAUACAGGUGUAUGCAAACAAACUGUCCAAAGAAUCAAAACUGGGGCAUCCUAAGCCAAACCCUGUCUCUGAUUACUGGGUGGAAUUAUUUUCCAGUGUUAGAUGCUGUGCCAUCACCCACUGCCAAUGGGCGAAGGGAGUUUUACCACAGAUUUCUGCCCUGGGAUUCAUUAGUGUUUGCCUCCUGACUGUCCCUGUGCAUACCACCAACAUGACUGACGAGCCUUUCGUUGCACUUCAGGAACAUUUUUUAAUUGUUCUUUGGCAAAUAUUUGCAUUUCAUAAUAGCAAUUUCAGGGUGAUCCCUAUUAAUUCACAAGCCAGCUGAGUGUGGGACUUCAUGCUUCAGAGUUUAUUUAGCGUAGAUUAGAGGGCAUUAAUCUUCCCCAAGGCUAAUGGGGCAGGAAUGUAUUGUUUUACUCAUCCUUGUAGAGCAGUUUACACAACAGAAAGAUGCAGUUUUACUCAGAGGGUUAGAGUAUCUCCCACUGACUGUCAUCGACAAUCCUGUUAUUUCAGCCAUGUUUUGUACAGUUCUUCCACAAAGAGGUGCAAGGCUUAUUCUGUUGACUGUAAACAACCACACAGAAUAUUUCAUCUGUGCAUAGCACACUGUUCACACCUCUCAAUAAAUGCCCUGCUUCUGGGUGUGAUAAUCUGCUGCAGGGUCAAUUAGUGAAACGCAGGUUUCAGGUGCACCAGGGCAAUCUGGAGGGAUCUGACUAUCUAUUUCCCAGGAAGAUGCCAAAGCCAUGGAUGAAGCCACAGAGAUGGAUUUGCCAUGCAGGGCAGGUAUUUAUUUUCACUGAAGUUAACUUAAUCCUUGUGAUCUGGUGAAGGAUGUUAUUCAGGCCAGCCCCCAGUCACUUGCACUAGACGUGGGAUGCUCCCCAUGUUCACUGUCAGGUUGAGCUGAGCUUCUGCCUGAAGACCAGGAUCACCUGAGAGCUCAAAGUCAAAUGAGACCCACCACCCUUCUCUGUUCAAUUUUCUGCUGAUCUUUAGUAAAUUCAUUGCCAUUGAAGCUGGGGCUGGUGCCUGACUUGGCCACAAACAUCAUGUGUUUAAUAUUGGACACACUCACAUUCUAUACAAAUGGAGUGUACAGGUUCUGUUUGUGUGCUUGAGCCUUUAAAUUACAUUUUAGGGGGCAACCUGAGGGAGGGUGAUUUAACCCCACUGUUCCUUACUGGUCAGAGGCAGAAAUCCAUGUUGUCCCACAGGCAGCACACAGAGUUGCUGUCCCUGAGCAGGGACCUGAGCAGAGCCCUGCUGAUGCAGUCAGUGUGUCCAGACAGGAGGGACAGAAAGGUGGAUGAUACCAGAGAUGAUAUUUCACAGGAGUAAAAGCACAGUUGCUCUCUUCAGCCUUUGCCCUUGCCAUGACAUGGGCUGGGACUUAGAGGAAUGGAGAGGCAGGACAGCCCCGUUCCCCAAAUCCCAGAUCCCUAAGGUUCAGCCUGAGGCACAGUGUGGGGUUUGCUGUUGGCUUCAGGUGUUCAGGUGUGACCUGUAACCAUUGCUGGUGGCCACUGCCAUGGGACCUGCUGCAGCCCAGGUAAGUCCCAUCCCAGUGGAAGUCCCUGGCCAGGAAUGAAUUUCAGCAGAAAAUCACAAAUCCAGAUCUCAAUCCAGUAGCAAAACAAGCCAGAUUAUUUUUAUAGAAGCUACUAAAUGUUUAACACAUUUCAAAAUAUUUUUAGAAUCUACACCCAUGACUAAACCUUGUCCCUGUCUCCAGCAUGCAUGCAGAACCAAUCCCCAUCCAUUCCCGGGGGAAUGACAGCUAUAGUACCUGUAAGGAGUUCAUGCUUUAUUAGUCAAGUGGAACAUUAAUAAAACCUGGCCCACUUCAUAAUUUCCAGAAUAGUCAUUAAUUAAAAAAACUGUUUAUUGGAACAGAAAACAAGAAUUUGAUUAGCUUUGUUACAGAACAAUAGCUCUCCUCAUUUUUAUUCUGCAUAUUUUAUUCUUUCUUUAGAAAAUUCUCUUAAGAAGCAUUUGAGAUAAUUCGCUUUUUAAAACUGUACAGUUUCUAUGGUUUUGCUUUUUAAAUGAGAGUACACUUUGUAGAUUUGAUUAUUAUAUUUUUCUGUUAAUAUUACAUUGGGCAUUACAAAAGCAUUCCCCACCACAGUGAAAAGAAAGUGAUCCUGUUGGUUUAUUGUAAAAGAAAAAAAAUAAUUAAAACAAAAUUGCAGAGCUGUGGCAUACUCAAUCCAAUUAGAGCAUGACUCUUUACUACUUUUCAUUUACCACAUGAGAAAAAAAAUAGUUACACCAGCAAGAUUUCAUUUGAAGCUGUUCAUGCAUGCUGUUUGUACUGUAUUUGAUGGCAUAAUAUUGUUUUGUUUACAACCUUUUCUUUCUCGUCAUUCUAUUAUAUUCUUUAUAUGUAUAUAGUUAAAAAAAAAGAUUAUACAAAGUAUUUUGUUCUACCUCUGUAAAGAUCAUAUUUGUGAAUAAAGUCACGUUGUCUGUGCAGUAUGGUAUUGUGAAUACAGCA